AAGCUGAGAGUGCUCAAAGCACUGCAAAUGGUGGUUCGAACCGUUCUAACUCGGCGGUUCUCACCGCCGGCGAGCACUCGCCCCAAAACCACAUCGGCGCAGCACGUUGCCGCGCGCUCCAUCGAUCCAACUUUCGAGAAACUCAUGGACAAGUACAAGCACUUGUUCAAAGUCACCGCUGUCCAAGACCUCAUUCUCGCCUCCCCAAACGAAGCUCUCCCUCUUCCUCUCCUCUCCUCCGCCGCCCAACGCCUCCACCUCAACCGCGGCGCCCUCGCCUUCCUCCGAUCCUUCCCCCACGUCUUCUCCCUCGACUUCUCCUUCCCUUCCGAACCCCUCAUCCGUCUCACCCCCGCCGCCACUCAGAUCUCCCGUCUCGAGUCCGCCGCCGCAGCCUCAUCCACCGGUGCCGCCAUCGACCGCCUAUGUCGCCUUCUUUCCAUGUCCCUUUCCAGAUCUGUCCCUCUCCGCGCAGUCUUCAAGGUCUGGAGGGAACUCGGCCUUCCCGACGAUUUCGAGGACUCAAUCAUCGCCAGAAACCCUCAGAUCUUCACCCUCCGUGACAACCCUAAAGAGCCCAACACCCACAUCCUCCACCUCUCAAUUCCCAGCCCUAGAUUCACCCCCGCCGUCGACCAAUGGCGAAGCGAAGAGCAGGUCGAAGUCAAGUACGCUUUCAAGCAAGGGUUUCCUCCAGGGAUGCAACUAACAAAGACAUUCCGAUCCCGUCUCAAAGAAUGGCAGCUGAUGCCGUACGCAACGCCGUACGAUCCCAAUCCCAUCGGCGGCGAGGGCGAUGGAGGGAGGGCAAGAAUGGCGAGGAUGGAGAAGAGAGCGGUAGGAGUAGUGCACGAGUUCUUGAGCCUGACGGUGGAGAAGAUGGUGGAAGUGGAGAAAGUAAGUCAAUUCAGGAAGUGGUUGGGAAUGGAAGUGAACAUCCGGGACUUGUUCUUGGAUCACCCGGGGAUGUUCUACUUGUCAACGAAAGGGAAACGGCACACUGUGUUCUUGCGAGAAGGGUACGAGAAGGGGAGAUUGAUCCAUCCCAAUCCCAUCUAUGAUGCCAGGAUGCAGCUCUUUCACCUCCUCCUCCUCGGCAAGCGACCAUUCAACAACAACAUCAUCGCUGCUCAAUGAAUUACCACCUCUUCUUACCAGACCAUGGGUAUGAUAACUUAACAGUGGCAUGCAAAGCUUGUUGAACAUCUGGACGAUUAAAGUAUUUUUCGGCAUAAGCUCUGGCACAUGGA